UAACUUUAAAAUUGAAAAAUUUAAAUAGAUUAUGAAAAGUAAAGUAAAUAUAAUUUGUAAGCGCUACAUAAGCUUAAAACAUGUAGGAACUUGGUAUUCAUCCUUGGUAAAACCAAGAAAACACUAUCCACCAUACAAUCAUAUAGUGCAAAUAGGGGACCCUUGUUUGAGAGUGAAAACUGAAAAACUACCUAUGGAAGCAAUACAUUCGAACGAAAUAAAAUACAUAACAAAAGUAUUAAAAAAAGUGGCUAAAAAUCAUAAUUGUGUUGGACUUUCUGCUCCCCAAAUAGGUAUUCCUAUACAAAUGUUCAUAAUGGAGUUCAAUGAAAAGAAUGCUUGUUCAUUUUCAAAAAAGGAGUUUAAAACUAAGGAAAUGGCAUUUUUGCCCCAAACAGUUGUUAUAAACCCAGAGAUAAAAGUAACUGAUUAUACUAAAAUAGUAUUUCCUGAAGCAUGUGGUAGUGUUAAAGGAAUGUACGCUGAAGUACCAAGACACUAUUCAAUACAACUUAAAGCUUUAGAUGAGGAUGGUAAACAAUUUGAGUUAAAUGCAAAAGGUUGGUUAGCAAGAGUAAUCCAACAUGAAAUGGACCAUCUAAAUGGAACAUUGUAUACUGAUAUAAUGAAUAGAAAAACUUUAACAUGUGGUUGUUGGAAUGUAGUAAAUGAAAGAGGUGGAAAAGUAGAAUUACCAUACGGAGAAGUUUAAUGUAAAUAUA